GGACAAGUGCACUGUAUUGAGAAACUGAGAAUAGUUUUUACAAGUUCAGUACUGUAUUUCAGUUGUUGUUAUUGUCAUCUUGAGACUCACUAUCUGACUUUGUGAUUAGUUAACAUUGUGUUUCGGACUGUGUUCUUUGCGACUCAACGAUCAGCUGCUUGUUGAAUACCGGUAUCUCUUGUUUACUCGUGCGGUCGCCUAGCAACUAACCUUUGCUUGUAACCAAUCAACGAUUGAGACAAUUCAAAGUCUGCAGGCGGAUUUGUUUGAAUCUCUGUGCUUUCCAAUUGCUGUUUUUUAUGAAGGUUAUUCUUGUUUCACUGAACAAUAUACAUGAUAACAAUAUCAUUGUUUAUCAGCAAUAUCAACAAAUCAAUUCUUUUAUAACAAUUUACAUAUAAACAUUUCAAGCUACGAUUUUCAUUUUCUGUUUUUCUAUGAAUAAAUAUGAUAAAAACAACUACGAGCAAGGGCAACCCAGCGAUUCUCGUUGACUCUUUUAAAUAUCGAAAAGCGGGGCCGGUGUCCACCGGAGAUAUUGUUUGGAGAUGCUUAGCGAGAAAUUGCUGUGCUAGUGUUAGGACGGAUGCUGAAAUUGUCAUGCUUAAAAGUAGAACGGGAACGCAUAAUCACGAGAAAAUAGACAUGAAUACACCGCCUGCCUCAUCCAGAAAUUUUAGCGUAUCAAAUACUCAUGAUUCGUCUAUAACAAGUAAAUCUCCUGAAAAUUCUUUGAACAGUCUACCGGAAAAUUUGAUGCCAUUCGUAGAUAUAUCAUCUAAAUUAGAUAGCGAGCUUUCUGAGUCUUUACAUGAGGAGGUUUCUGCUUCAAACGACGGUGUAAGAGUGAUAAAGUCAGCGGCUUUUGAACUGUCAGUGAAAGAUUCUUCUUCUGAGUGCUGUCCUCAUUUACUGCAGGAAAUUCAUGAACUUAAAGAGACUCUUAAAAAGCGUCUAAUAGAGUGGGAAGCAGCGGUAGAUCGUGCUGCUGACAUGGAGACUAGGUUGAAUGAGUUUUCAGUUAAAUGUAGAUGCAGAAAAUCGCGAGUCGACGUAUCAUGCAAUACAGUGAAUAAUUAUGUAGCUGAGAUAGAUUUAUCUAAAAGUGUUUCUGUCAAUGAAAAUGCUUCAACCCUAAAAGAAAAAAUUAAAAAUCACAAGUUAGAAAUUGAAGGUUUGAGUGAUCAAAUAAAGAAAAUGAUGACUACGAUAGAAACUCUGGAAGCUGAUAAUCUCUGUCUACGGAACACAAUAACGGAAAAUGCUUCUGCGGCAUCAAGACUAACUUGGUCCAACCCUAAUGUCAAAUCGACUUCAAAUAUGACAUAUGCUUCAGUAACUAAACAAAAUAAAGUAAUUAAAGGUAAUACUGUAAGUUAUUCACGUUAUAGUGUUUAUUUGUGGGCUGAUAGUCAGGGUAGAAAAAUGAGAGAUUUAAUAUGGGAGAGACUGCCGGUUGGCUACUCAUGUGAGGCUUACGUUGCGCCAGGAGCAACUUUUGAAAUAAUUUCGAAUGAAAUGCUUUCUUGUAGUAGACGUCAUAAUCUGGGUCUGAAUGAUUGGGUGUUUGUUAUAGCGGGUACAAAUAGUGUGUCGAACAAUUUCAAAAAAAGCGAUAUUGAAGCUUACAUUAGAAAGUUGAGUUAUUUAGCAAAUGAAUAUGGAAAUUGUAAUUUGAUAUUGUCAACUGUUCCUUACAGGUAUGAUUUAAGUCUCAAUUCAACUGAAAAUGAAAUGAUUGAUGCGCUAAAUAGUGAAAUACGUUCCUUGUGUCAUAGGAAUAGCAUUCAUCUAAUUGAUAUAUGGUAUCUUGAACCUUCCAACUACACAAAGCAUGGUUUGCAUCUGAACAAAAAAGAACAAACCGAGCACGGGGUGGGUCAGCGAUUUUUGUUCAUGAUCAACUGGAAUUCAGGGCUCUUGAUCAUAUUAGAGACAUGUCAAUCGAAAUGGUAUGCGAAGUUUCAGCAAUUGAACUUGUCAGGGAUAAAAUAAUAAUUUUGUCAGUUUAUAGACCCUACAAUAGAAGUAUAAGUUUUUUUAAUGAAUUCUUAACGUGUUUUUAUAAUGUAUUAAGUGCUGUUUUUAAAAAUGGUUACAGUUUGAUCAUAUGUGGAGAUUUCAAUGUAAAUAUUUUAGGUCAUGAUUGCUUUAAAAAUGAUUUAUUGAAUUUGUUUGAGAGUUUUGGUUUGACUGUUACUAUUAAUGAUAUUACUAGACCUGGUCUUGAUGGAGUUUCAAAUGGAUCAUGUAUUGAUAAUAUUUUGACAGAUAUUCAUAAUAGUCUAUGGUCAACUGAAAUCAUUCACUCUCUCUUUUCUGAUCAUGAAGGAAUUCUGUUUAGACUCAACUUCAUAAAUAAGGAUGUAAAAAGUACUGUAAAUAACACUAAGUUUAGAUUAAUUAAUAAUGCUAAUGUAGGAAUUUUUCUAAGUUUUCUGAAAUCCAUAAAUUGGUUGGAGGUGUACUCCGUAACAAAUUAUAAUGAUAGGUACAAUAAAUUUUUUGAAAUAUUCAUGAGAGCUGUGAAUGGUUCAUUCCAAUGGAAAACUUGUAAACCCAAUAAUUUCAAGCAAAAAAAUGAAUGGUAUGAUAGUAGGCUAAGAGCGUUGAAGGCUAAAUGUGAUGGGCUGUAUCAUUUAUAUAAAACCUUAAAAACACCUGAGUUACUCUCCUGCUAUAAAGAAACAAAAAAGUCAUAUAGGAUUGAAAUAAAAAAGACAAGAAUUUCCUAUCACAAUAAAAUUAUAA